AUGUCCCAGCGCCACCCCCGACCCACUGCGUCGGCAGUGAGAGCGUCCACUGUUGCCCCCGCAUCAGGCUCCCCAUUCAUUAACAAUUCCCAGGGGGCUUCGGCCGCUGUGGCAGAUUUAUCGGAUGCUCUUGGCACUGUUUUUGAUCAGAUUGAUCUUGAUGGGGAUUUGAAUAGCCAGAUUAAUGGAUUGUUGGAGCGACUCGAUCAAGAGGCUUCUCAAUAUGGGAACUCUCAGCUGAAAGAUGAGCAAUAUUCUGACUGGGAAUGCUCUCCGGAAAAAGCUGAAUUGAUCUCUGUUGCGUGGCACUGUGCCCGAGAGGUAUAUGAAACCUCCUCGGGUCUACCUACUGGCCCUGUUCGCAAAGGGAAAUGGAUACUCGUACCAGGCGACUGUGUUGUUCCAUCAACUGGUGGAACGGUCAAAGCUGUUUCCUUCAACCAUGUGUCGACAGUUGAGGAGGGAACUGAAAACACGGAUCUCCCGGUACUAGUAGUUGCCAUUCGAGGGAGCGCCAGUGCGGUUGACCAUAUGGUAAAUGCUAACUAUGAGCCGCGCAAUGCAGAUGACUUUAUUGAUGUAUCUCGGCUUGCGCCAGAGAAGAGCACUACUCUUCAGGCGCAUUCUGGGUUUCUGAAUAGCGCAAAGGCUCUAGACAAAACCGUGUCACAGAGGAUAAAAAUGUAUAUCCGUGAGAAUGCAAGUAACUACAGCCACGUCCUGUUCACUGGCCACUCGGCAGGUGGUGCGGUUGCCUCGCUUUUGUUCCUUCGGUAUCUGGCGCAGGAAAGCCCUUACCUAGAGACCCGAUUCUCGUGUAUAACAUUUGGGGCACCUCCAGUGGUGACAGUCCCUCUUUUGGGAAGCCCCGUCAUUGGAAAUUCCAGCGGAGUGUGCCUGAAUAUUAUUAACGAAUUCGACCCUGUUACUCGGGCAGACGGGUCAUACAAGCAAUGCCUGGUGGAUCUGAUCCAUUCAAUGUAUAACCAACAGCCGGCCCUACCUAGAUCUGAGCCGUCGACGAACGUUUCUCGAAAGGAAAGGAUUGGUCUGUUCUACCUUCAUGUUACUCACAUGUUGGCCCUCGAAUCGUCCUUCUUUUACGAUUGA